CGCGCGCUCCCUCUCGCCGCCUGUGGGGAAGUCCGGGCCGCUCCAGCGGCCGCCACUGCCUCGUCCGGAUCUCCUCCUGGGUCCCCUUCUGGCUAAGUUCCUUCCUCCCGCACACCCCGCGUAGUCAGUGACCCGCGUAGGGUCCGGAGAGUCACCGCGGCGGCGCCGGUGGUGUUUAAACCAUGUUUAGGAGGAUUCUGCAGCGGACUCCUGGAAGAGUUGGCUCUCAAGGUUCUGAUUUAGAUUCAUCAGCAACUCCUGUUAACACAGUGGACGUCAAUAAUGAAAGCUCUUCAGAGGGCUUCAUAUGUCCCCAGUGCAUGAAAUCUCUUGGAUCUGCUGAUGAACUUUUCAAACACUAUGAGGCAGUUCAUGAUGCUGGUAAUGAUUCAGGUCAUGGAGGAGAGGCUAAUCUUGCUCUGAAGCGAGAUGAUGUAACACUACUUAGACAAGAGGUCCAAGACCUACAGGCUUCACUUAAGGAAGAAAAAUGGUACUCAGAAGAAUUAAAGAAAGAAUUAGAAAAAUUUCAAGGACUGCAGCAGCAAGAGUCUAAACCCGAUGGAUUGGUGGCUGAUUCAUCAGCAGAACUGCAUUCUUUGGAACAACAGUUAGAAGAAGCCCAAACAGAAAAUUUUAAUAUUAAGCAAAUGAAAGACUUAUUUGAACAGAAAGCAGCACAACUUGCUACUGAAAUUGCAGAUAUAAAAUCAAAAUAUGAUGAAGAAAGGAGUCUUCGAGAAGCUGCUGAACAAAACAUGUCACAUCUGACAGAAGAAUUAAACAAAGAGGCAACUAUAAUUCGAGAUCUGAAGACUGAACUGCUUCAGAGACCCGGUAUAGAAGAUGUUGCUGUGCUAAAGAAAGAACUGGUCCAAGUUCAAACACUAAUGGAUAAUAUGACCUUGGAACGUGAGAGAGAAUCUGAAAAACUCAAAGAUGAGUGCAAAAAGUUACAAGCAGAUUAUGCUAACUCAGAGGCCACAAUAAGCCAACUAAAGAGUGAACUUGCCAAAGGCCCCCAGGAAGUUGCUGUGUAUGUGCAAGAACUACAAAAACUUAAAAGUUCUGUUAAUGAAUUAACACAAAAAAAUCAGACCUUGACUGAAAAAUUGCUGAAGAAAGAACUCGACUAUACUCAGCUAGAAGAGAAACAUAAUGAGGAAUGUGUGAGUAAAAAGAAUAUACAAGCAAGCCUUCAUCAAAAAGACCUAGAUUGUCAACAGCUUCAGUCAAGAUUAUCUGCAUCGGAAACCUCAUUGCAGAGAAUACAGGCAGAAUUAGGCGAAAAGGGAGAAGCUACUCAAAAACUCAAAGAAGAAUUAUCAGAAGUAGAGACUAAGUACCAGCACCUUAAGGCAGAGUUUAAACAGCUCCAACAACAGAGAGAAGAGAAAGAGCAGCAUGGGUUGCAACUACAAAGUGAAAUUAAUCAGUUACAUGGUAAACUUCUGGAGACUGAGCGCCAACUAGGGGAAGCUCAUGGAAGGCUGAAGGAACAGAGACAGCUUUCCAGUGAGAAGUUGAUGGAUAAAGAACAGCAAGUGGCUGAUUUACAACUCAAACUUUCUCGUUUAGAAGAACAGUUGAAGGAAAAGGUAACAAGUUCCACAGAACUGCAGCAUCAGUUAGAGAAAACAAAGCAACAGCAUCAAGAACAACAAGCUCUUCAGCAAAGCACUACAGCAAAACUUCGAGAAGCUCAGAAUGAUUUGGAACAAGUACUACGUCAAAUUGGCGAUAAGGACCAAAAGAUCCAGAACCUUGAAGCCUUAUUACAGAAGAGUAAGGAAAAUAUUUCUGUACUAGAAAAGGAAAGAGAAGAUCUUUAUGCAAAAAUUCAGGCUGGUGAAGGGGAGACUGCUGUUCUUAACCAGUUACAAGAGAAAAACCAUACAUUACAGGAACAAGUAACUCAACUCACAGAGAAGCUGAAGAAUCAGUCAGAAAGCCAUAAACAAGCCCAAGAGAAUUUGCAUGACCAGGUGCAAGAGCAGAAGGCACAUCUUCGAGCUGCCCAAGAUCGCGUUCUUUCCCUAGAAACCAGUGUUAGUGAAUUAAACAGUCAACUAAGUGAAAGCAAGGAGAAGGUCUCUCAGCUUGACAUACAGAUCAAAGCCAAAACGGAAUUAUUGUUAUCAGCAGAAGCAGCAAAAACUGCUCAAAGAGCAGAUCUUCAAAAUCAUUUGGACACAGCCCAAAAUGCAUUACAAGAUAAACAGCAGGAGUUAAAUAAGAUCAUUACUCAGUUGGAUCAGGUCACUACAAAGUUGCAGGAUAGGCAAGAACAUUGCAGUCAGCUGGAAAGUCAUCUUAAAGAAUAUAAAGAAAAACAAUUGUCUUUAGAACAGAAAACUGAAGAAUUAGAAGGUCAAAUUAAGAAACUAGAGGCUGAUGCUCUUGAAGUUAAAGCAAGCAAGGAGCAAGCUUUGCAGGAUCUACAACAGCACAGGCAGCUGAACACGGACUUAGAGCUUAGAGUCACAGAAUUGACUAAACAACUAGAAAUAGAGAAAGAAAUAGUAUCCAGUACAAAGUUGGACCUACAGAAAAAAUCUGAAGCCCUUGAAAAUAUUAAGCAAGUGCUUACCAAGCAAGAAGAAGAAAAAAUCAUUCUGAAAAAGGAAAUUGAAAAUUUAAGUCAAGAUGCAAAGAUGCAGCACAAGGAAUUGAAUAACAAAAUGCAAGCAGCAGUAACCGAACUAGAAAAAGUGAAGAUGGAGAAAGGAACUCUGAUGGCAGAGCUCUCGGCAGCAAAAGAGAAAUUAUCCAAAGUUUCUGAUUCUUUGAAGAAUUCCAGAAGUGAAUUUGAAAAGGAAAAUCAGAAAGGAAAGGCAGCUAUAUUAGAUUUGGAAAAAACUUGUAAGGAAUUGAAGCAUCAAUUUCAAGUACAGAUGGAAAGCACAGUUAAGGAACAGAACGAACUGAAAAAGUCACUUGAAAAAGAGAAGGAGACUUCUCAUCAGUUGAAGUUGGAACUCAAUUCAAUGCAGGGACAAGUCAUACAGGCCCAGAAUAAUUUAAAACAAAAGGAAAAAGAAGAACAGCAACUUCAGGGGAACAUAAAUGAGCUAAAGCAAUUAACUGAGCAGAAGAAAAAGCAAAUUGAAGCACUCCAAGGAGAAGUUAAAAUUGCAGUUUCACAGAAGACAGAGCUUGAGAAUAAACUACAGCAACAGUUAAUCCAAGCAGCGCAGGAACUUGCAGCAGAGAAGGAGAAAAUGUCAUUGUUACAAAACACCUAUGAAAAAAAUCAGGAAAAUCUAAAACAGCUUCAAUCUGAUUUCUAUGGGAAGGAAUCUGAACUUCUUGCCACAAGGCAAGAUCUUAAGUCUGUAGAAGAGAAGCUUUCUCUAGCACAGGAAGACUUGAUUUCAAACAGAAAUCAAAUUGGAAACCAAAAUAAAUUGAUUCAAGAACUGAAGACUGCCAAGGCUGCUCUGGAGCAAGACGCAGCAAGGAAAGAGCAGCAGCUAAAGGAGCAGUGUGCAGCACUACAAGAUAUCCAGAAAGAAAAGUCACUGAAAGAAAAAGAGCUAGUAAAUGAAAAAUCUAAAUUGGCAGAGAUAGAAGAAAUUAAGUGUAGACAAGAAAAAGAAAUUGCUAAACUAAGUGAAGAACUCAAGUCCCACAAGCAAGAAAGCAUGCAGGAGGUAACAAAUCUCAAGGAUGCCAAACAGCUUUUGAUUCAGCAAAAAUUAGAGCUUCAAGGAAAAAUAGAUUCCCUAAAGGCAAACCUUGAACAGGAGAAGAAGAAUCAGCAAAUACUAAAAGAGCAGGUGAAAAAGGAAGAAGAUGAGCUGAAGACAAAAUUUAUUGAGAAGGAAGCUAAACUGCAUUCUGAAAUAAAAGAAAAAGAAGUUGGCCUGAAGAAGCAUGAAGAAAACGAAGCUAAACUCGCCCUGCAGGUCACAGCACUGAGCGAGAACCUGGGCACCGUGAAGAAGGAGUGGCAGGCCGGCCAGCGCAGGGCCAGCGAGCUGGAGCAGCAGGCCGACGAGCUGCGGGGUGAGAUCGCAGUGUUGGAGGCCACGGUCCAGAAUAACCAAGACGAGAGGAGAGCGCUGCUGGAAAGAUGUCUUAAAAGUGAAGGUGAAAUAGAAAAGCUUCAAACCAAAGUACUAGAGAUGCAAAGAAAGCUGGAUAAUACAACCGCGGCGGUGCAGGAGCUGGGCAGAGAGAAUCAGUCCCUGCAAAUCAAACAUACGCAAGCAUUGAACAGAAAGUGGGCUGAAGAUAAUGAAGUACAAAACUGUAUGGCCUGUGGGAAGGGCUUUUCAGUAACAGUGAGACGGCAUCACUGCAGACACUGUGGGAAUAUCUUCUGUGCUGAGUGUUCGGCCAAAAAUGCCUUAACUCCUUAUUCCAAGAAGCCUGUUCGUGUCUGUGAUACAUGUUUCAAUGACUUGCAAGGAUAAUGGGUUAUUGCAACUUCAGAGUAAUAUUACACUAACAUUAGAUUUUUAAUAAAUGUACUUAAUAGGGGUCUUGGACUACUAUUUGAUUUGGACAGUGGUUGCAAUAUUAAACCAAAUUAGAAUUCGUAUAUUUUAGAAUGCUAUCAAUAUCAAGUAAAAUUCUUCUAUUUUUGUGAGACUUGGGCUUAUCUUUCAUUACUUUUUUCCAUUUAACUCCUGGAACAGCUUUCAUGCUAAGUUUAGAAUUAGCCAAUGAAAUGUAAAUAAACUUUGGACAGAAUAUAGCAAUGUAUUUUUUUAAAUAUAAUUUCAUUGUUCACAGAUGACAUGAUUACACUUCCAUAAACUUACUUCUUUCUCCCAAAUUGAGUGUACAGAAAUGUACAUGGAUGAUAUCACAUUAUAUAUGUUGCAUAGUAACACAUUAAAUACAGUAAAUAUUCUCUUUCUGAAGUUAUGCACAGAGCUAUAAAACUUUAUGACUAUUUUUUUUAUAUAUAGGUCUAUACCUUAGUUACAUUGUUAUGUUAUAAAUUUACUACUCAAGUGUUGUAAACAAAUUUUAUAUUGAAAUAUGUAUGAACCAUGGAUUCAAAAUUGUUUUUGCUUUAACAAUACUGAUUAGAUUCUCUUGGGUGGGUUAUAGGAAAACCUCUGGAAAAAUCAGUUUGCUUACUUUGUGAUUAUCCUGGGAUUAUGUUUUAAAGAUUAGAGUUAAUUUUUCUUUUUCUUUUUCACUCUCAAUUUUAAACUCCAAAUUAUUCUCUGUUAAGAAUUCUACAAAGCUUCCACCCUUACCAGGUUGGAAGAUGAAUAACAGAGAUUGUCUAAUGAUCCUGUUCUCAGUUUCGUGUAAGUGGGAAGUAUUCUGAGAUUAGCCUUCCUAGCAUCCCCUCAUUUAGUCUCUGCAGCAUCUUCAGGAAUGGGCUUGCUUUUCCAGUGGAUCUGCGUCUUACCUUUAUUGGUUUAAUCUUCCCAAGUACAGCUCAGCUUCACUGUAAUUAUUUUAUAAUUUUUGCAUCUUAAAGCCAAUAACUGAUGUUGUUAUAGUCUUAUCCGUGAAAUAAAAGUGCAAAAUGGUAAGGGGACAUUAAAUAUUCUACUUUAUAUUUUCUUCUCACCUAAUA